GCUACAGAACGCUUGCCCAUCUGCUUGCCUCUGCCACGUCUUUAUCCACUGACCAGCAUGAGAAGGCAGCUGCGGUCCAGAAGGGCACCCACCUUUCCGUAUGGUUAUCGCUUCAGACUUGAUGAUCAGGAUGAAGUGAACAAGAAUUAUUUAGCAGAUGAGGAGGAAGAAGCCGAAGAAGAGACUCAGGUGAUGAUGGCUCCAGAUAUGGGAGAAGAGGAGGUGGAGGAAGAAGAUGAAGAGCAAGAGGAAGAGAAAGAAGAGGAUGAAAAGAAGGAGGAAGAAGGACAGGGGCAGCCAGCAGGCAAUACCUGGUGGGAAAAAUUGCAGAUCGUGAGCGAAUACCUGUGGGAUCCAGAGAAACGGAUGUCUCUGGCCCGAACAGGUCAGAGUUGGAGUAUGAUCUUAGUCAUUUACUUCUUCUUCUAUGCCUCUCUGGCGGCUGUGAUCACCGUCUUCAUGUACUCGAUAUUUCUGACCAUCAGUCCUUACCUGCCGACCUUCACAGAGAGGGUGAAACCUCCUGGAGUUAUGAUCAGACCCUUCGCCCAUAGCCUUAACUUCAACUUUAACAUUUCUGAACCUGAUACUUGGCAGCAUUAUGUGAUUAGCCUAAAUGGCUUUCUCCAGGGUUACAAUGACAGCCUUCAAGAGGAAAUGAAUGUUGAUUGUCCCCCGGGGCAGUACUUCAUCCAAGAUGGUGAUGAGGAUGAGGACAAGAAGGCCUGUCAGUUUAAGCGCUCCUUUCUGAAGAACUGCUCUGGCCUAGAGGAUCCUACUUUUGGCUACUCUACUGGACAACCCUGCAUUCUUUUAAAGAUGAACCGGAUUGUAGGUUUUCGUCCUGGACUUGGAGAUCCUGUGAAGGUUUCCUGCAAAGUUCAGAGAGGUGAUGAAAACGACAUCAGAUCCAUCAAGUACUACCCAGAGUCAGCUUCUUUUGACCUCCGCUACUACCCUUACUAUGGCAAGCUGACACACGUUAACUAUACCUCCCCACUGGUGGCCAUGCACUUCACAGAUGUGGUGAAGAACCAAGCCGUGCCUGUGCAGUGCCAAGUGAAGGGAAAAGGCAUCAUAAAUGAUGUCAUUAAUGAUCGCUUUGUGGGCAGGGUCAUCUUUACUCUGAACAUAGAAACCUAAGAAUUUCAGGGAGCCCUGCCCACCAGUUCUGCAUAUUGUUUUCUUUCAUGUGACCCUAGAAGCACCUGAAUUCUUUUUCUUCCAUCAGAACACAAGCAGGCAGACUCCAAAGACAUCAUUCCUUGUCUUUGACAUGUGUAGAAAAUUUAGGCGCUAUUUGAUUUUUUAAAGUUAGACCUUCCUAAUGAAAAAUAGCUUAUAUUAAUCUCCUUCACUUUACUGCCCUUCCACACACUUAAAACUAAACUCCAAUUUUUCCACUAAAAUUCUCACAAUAGUAUGAAUACAGCAUCUGAUGACCUUCACAAUAGCCAUGAGAGAGCAUUUCUGUGACAAUUAUAGAUUCAUUUUGUUCUGUAAAACUUUUGUUGAUAGAGAGAUAAGAUUUCUCCCAACCAGGCUAAUAAUUAAUUUUUUAUAAAACUUUCUUGACCUUGGAAUCACCAAUCAAAAUAAACUCAGAUAUAUUCAUGUUCACAACACCUAGAAAACCCUACAUUUAGGGUUACUCAAGAAAUGGGUUGCCUCCCAUGGGAAAUUUAACAUUGAUUCAAAGAUUAAGGACUUUGAUUCCCAGUCUUCAACUGGGACAGAUAUGGAACUAACUGAAUUUUGUUCUGGGAUAGAGAUAGAGAUCUUCCCUAUGACUUUCUUUUGUGGAAUAGGGCCCCACUACAAUUGGGGAGAAUACCUGCCAUAUAAAUGUAAUUGAUUGCUAUUUGAUUCUUUGCUCUAUGUUAUACUCAUUCAAAGGCAAGAUUUCUUGCAAACAGGUUUCUCUCAACUUUAGGCAGAAGAUAAAACUAAAAUGAUGACUUCUACCCAUUCAUUAUCCUUGGAUUAUUUGUCUGACAAUAGUUUAAUGUGUUUUAAGAUCAUCAGGGAUGUAUGUAUGUGCAUUGACACCAGAUAAACAGAGCUGUGAGCAUUGAAAUCGAGGUAUGCCAACUAACUCAGAAAGCUCCUGUCAGGUCACCCUAAGUCCAGGCCUAUUAUUAAGAUUUUUGUUUGCUAAAAAAAUGGUAUGGAGCAGAUGUUUAUUCAGGUUGUGCAUCAUCCAGAAUCAUGCAUUGUCUUACCUUUGACCAUGUGACCAUGUCACUGUUUCUCAGCAUCUCCACCAGAGAGAGGACUGUAACAAUAAGAGAAAAGGAGCAUCCGACCAUAACAUAAUGUCUCCUGAUUCAAAACAAGAUCUAAUGCCACCUAGAAGCAUCCACUCUGAUUCUCCUUACAAUGUCUAUCCUCUCCUCAAACAGGGAAUGGGCAGACUGGUAGUGGAGGUGAACAGGUUAAAAAGUAACUUCAUAAAUACUGUGAGAAAGGUUAUAAAUGUGUAGGUGGGAAUGCUAUGGAAACUGAGGAAAUAUGCAAAGGCAGAUUUGUAAAAGAUCAUGGUGUUUGGGAUCACCUAUGAGCAGUUCAUGGAACUAGAGAGAAAAGGACUCAGAGAAAUGGCAAAGAGUGGGAGGUGGUUGAGCUAGAGAGGUCUGUAAGUACUGCAAGAGGAUUCUGAAUUUUAUCUAAGAGGUGAAAAGGAGCCAUUAAAGCAUUUUAGGUGGGGAAGUUCUGUGAUCAUAUUUGUAUUUUAGAAUCUUUGACAGUUACAUCGUGCAUGACGAUCAGAGAGGGGCCAGACUGGGAAAUGGGCAAUGAAGGAGAAGAAGUAAAGAUGACUUCCUGGUUUAGAACUUGGUUUGAACCAGUCGGAUAGUGAGACAGUGGAUCUAGACUGGGAAGGCAAGAGAGAAAUAGGUUUGAAUAGAAAGGUGUUUGGAUACUUUCAGCUUGUGCUUUCUAUAGUUCAGACACCACUGGGGAAAUCAAAACAUCGGUAGAGGUGGACAGAAAGAAGUCUGAGCAUAGAGACAACAUUUGUUUUAUGAAAUUCUCUGAAAGUCUAAACUACUUAUUCUUGGGAAUUUGAGCCCAUAAAAUAAAAACACCACACCAAUAUAGUCUCUCAGAUGGUGUUUUUCUCUUAGUUUUGUGCUAGAGGAGACUGCUUCUGCUUUUUGGACUCUCAUGGACAGGAGAGGGAGAUUUACUGUUAGCAACAAGUGAGAGAAGAUAGGUGAAAGCAAAUCUGUGGGAAAUACAAAAUAGAACACACACAAAAAUGGUCUUGUCUCAACACCAUUCCUCACCAAAUUCAAUGAUCGAAACUAACUUUUAAAAUUUUUUUUAAAAAUAGAAAAUGCUUAACAGCCAUUUGAAAAUUCAUCUCAAAUCAUCCAACUCUCCAAAUAUAGUAGAAGAAGAUACUAGAACAUUUGAUCUGGAAAGGACAUUAGAGAGCACUUAGCAAAAACAACCUGCAUUGCAUCUGACUCCAGGUCCAUUGCUCUUUCUUCUCUGAGGUUCUGCUUACCAGGAUUUAACAUCUUCUGGGAAAAAUGAGUGAUAUCCCCAACAUUUUGAAGCAUGUGUCACAUUCGAGUUAGAAUAGUUAACAUUUCACAGGAAUUCAACUACUGGUGCUACAUUUUAUACAUAAUACAUGAUCCUGUUAAAUAUAUUGACUAUUAAACAGACAAGAAAUUAUGAAUCUUGUGUCAUCACUAUUUCUCAUUCAACGAACUCCAUCAUGUCCACAGUUGGCAAGCAGUAUAAUUGAAUAAGGCUAAGAUAGUUUGGGGUGUGAUCUGGGACAUGGAAAAAACAG